CGUGAAGCCAUGGAAAAGUCUCAAGUUAGUUUGUCAUUUAAUAUUCUGCCAAAAAAUAAAACAACAAGAAAAACGAUUCCCUUGAACCUGCUUCUCCCAUUCGCCACUUAAGAAACGAAAAGUCUGGGUCGAGUCUCAUCACACGGUUGCUGUUGGGACUGGCAUCACUGAGGACAAUACGGUUUCUCAUGCUUUGCUUGAUCUUUAGUAAUAGUCCCAACGUGAGCGAUUGCGAGCUUACACUCGACCCAGAUUCCCUCUGGUUUCAAAAUUGACAAAUAACAUAAAAUGGGACAAUUGUGGUAAAAAUGAUUCUAAAUAUUGCAAGUUUCACAAAAUUUUUCACAGCGAAUGAACUGAAACAAUAAAGGACGCUCCGUGCAAUGAUAUUGUUAGGUCUCGAAACCCACUCAUAAGUGAAAUUGUUUUUCUCUCUCCGGAUAUGAACCAUGACACUUUCACAUGAUUACGCAUGCAUGUGCACGAUUCUACGAAAUUAUCUCCUUCACCAAACACAAAUAUCAGGGGAGAACGAAAAUGGAUGGAAAAUGCCUCGGAUGCGUCAGAAAUUUUUGUUCCUUGUAAAGAUUUAAACCGUUUUACGCAUAUCAUCAUGCAUAAUAACUCUUCUAUAAGAUUCUUAGAAGAGCAAGAGACCAUUCAAGAGAACAGUACUUGCUUCCGUUUUCCUGUAUUUCAGGUUGACAACAUUCCACAAAAUCUUAUCGUGUUGAACUGUGCAAUUAACGUCCUAUUUCUAAUAACAGCAAUUCUUGGAAAUCUCUUGGUCAUAUCAGCAGUUUGGAAGACACCUUCUCUUCGAUGUCCUUCGAAUGUAUUCCUCUGUGGACUCUCAACUUCAGAUCUCACCGUUGGUCUUGUCGUUCAGCCCUUGUUUCUUUAUAUAGAACUGAUACAAAUCCUCGAAAGGCCAACACAGUAUCCGUGCGCUUUGGGACAUGCAUUCAUUAUAGUGUCUCAUUCGGUAUGUGGUGUGUCCUUGUUGACUGUUACAGCCAUCAGUGUAGAUAGGUUGUUAGCGCUUCAUUAUCAUCUAAGAUAUGUUAAUAUUGUCACCGUUCAACGUGUCUCGUAUCUUAUCUUAUUUUUCUGGUUGGUAAGCACGUCUCUGGCAAGUCUGAUACUGUGGAAUGAAAAAAUAUUUCUUGUCGUUAUGGCUUUGGUGGUUGGUAUUUGCCUUUGUUUGUCGGUGUUAGUCCAUCUGAAAAUUUAUCGCGUCGUUCGACGCCAUCAGCAGCAAAUUCAAACCCAAAGAGAAGCAGUCCAAGCACGUGAUGAUUUUAACGUAGCACGUUUCAAAAGGACAGCAGCCAAUGCUUUUCUGAUUCACUACUUUCUUCUCCUUUGUUAUACUCCACUGUUUAUCACGUUACUGCUGACAAGCAACGAAGACAAGAUUGAUUCGGCGUCAUGGAAAAAGGCCGAUAGUGCUAUAGCAUGGAAAUUGACAAGCACAAUAGUAUUCAUGAAUUCCGCUGUGAAUCCUUUUAUUUACUGUUGGCGUCUUAGAGGAAUGCGAAUCACUAUAACAAAGACUUUGAAGGCAAUUAUCCGUAGGUCGUGAUUUUGUUUCUGAUUGUAUUAGUUGGCACCAAAGAGAUUUUGCCUACAGUAAUAUAUCGGCUGAGUUAAAUGGCAAACAUAAAAUUAUGAAUUGUAUUUGUUUUGGCUAUUCAUGACUUUGUUAGGUCAGUAAUCAUAGACAAGAUGCAAUUGGCCUUUAUACAAUAUAACCAAAAAAAUACCAUAGCAUGUCGUCCAUUGUGUCACAUAUCCUUAUGUAUUCUCUUACUGUUGCGUUUUACACUAUUUCUCAACAAUGCCAGUGGACUUUUACUUCAGUUUUCGCCUCUCUAUCUAGAUCUAACCGUAGUAUGUGACCUAUGGAUUAAAACCUCAAUAACCGGUUUUUCGGAUUUGUUAUCUAUUGCGGUUUUCGAUUUAUUCCUUUUUUAGCGUCCGGUUUUCGGGUUUUCGGUCUAAGAAUUAACAAUUAGCGGACGAGUUGGGCAAAAUAUCAUGAUUUGUCACUGGAGAUAGGUUAGAGCAGAUCAAUUAUUUGCCGAAGCGGCCGAAGGCUUAGACCAAAAAUUGACCUGCGAG